AUGCUCCUUGCACGAAGACCCCCAAGUCACUCGGUGAGCUUGGACGUGCAUCGCACCGCGCAUGAAGGAACAGCAGUCAAGGGAGACGGAAGUCAAAGGGGGAAGAGCAGUCAAAGGGAAACAGCAGCCAAAGGGAAACAGCAGUCAAAGGGGAAACAGCAGUCAAAGGGGAAACAGCAGUCAAAGGGGAAACAGCAGUCAAAGGGAAACUGCAGUCAAAGGGAAACUGCAGUCAAAGGGAAACUGCAGUCAAAGGGAAACUGCAGUCAAAGGGAAACUGCAGUCAAAGGGAAACUGCAGUCAAGGGGAAACUGCAGUCAAGGGGAAACUGCAGUCAAAGGGAAACUGCAGUCAAAGGGAAACUGCAGUCAAAGGGAAACUGCAGUCAAAGGGAAACUGCAGUCAAAGGGAAACUGCAGUCAAAGGGAAACUGCAGUCAAAGGGAAACUGCAGUCAAAGGGAAACUGCAGUCAAAGGGAAACUGCAGUCAAAGGGAAACUGCAGUCAAAGGGGAAACAGCAGUCAAAGGGGAAACAGCAGUCAAAGGGAAACUGCAGUCAAAGGGAAACUGCAGUCAAAGGGAAACUGCAGUCAAAGGGAAACUGCAGUCAACGGGAAACUGCAGUCAACGGGAAACUGCAGUCAACGGGAAACUGCAGUCAACGGGAAACUGCAGUCAAAGGGAAACAGCAGCCAAAGGGAAACAGCAGUCAAAGGGAAACAGCAGUCAAAGGGAAACAGCAGCCAAAGGGAAACAGCAGCCAAAGGGAAACAGCAGCCAAAGGGAAACAGCAGCCAAAGGGAAACAGCAGCCAAAGGGAAACAGCAGCCAAAGGGAAACAGCAGCCAAAGGGAAACAGCAGCCAAAGGGAAACAGCAGCCAAAGGGAAACAGCAGCCAAAGGGAAACAGCAGCCAAAGGGAAACAGCAGCCAAAGGGAAACAGCAGCCAAAGGGAAACAGCAGCCAAAGGGAAACAGCAGCCAAAGGGAAACAGCAGCCAAAGGGAAACAGCAGCCAAAGGGAAACAGCAGCCAAAGGGAAACAGCAGUCUAAGGGAAACAGCAGUCUAAGGGAAACAGCAGUCUAA